AUGGAACUCUUCCUUCUUCCAUAUCACCAACUCUGCUCCACAGGCCUCCCUUCCCAGAACCCAUUACAAGCAAGAGACUCCUCAAGAGGAACUCACAUGUCUUACCAUGUCAAUGCUCAUUGCCCUCCUCAGAUGAUGCUGCAAAACCAACCUACCACUGCUGGCUUGUAUGUGUGUGACGUGGCUGAAGCUGUUAGCACAAGUAGGAGAGCUCUAAGAGGAGCGAAAAUACCCGAGAGUGAAUUUACAACCCUUCCCAAUGGUCUGAAGUACUAUGACUUGAAGGUUGGGAGUGGAGCUGAGGCAGUGACAGGAUCCCGGGUUCAUUAUGUUGCGAAGUGGAAGGGUAUCACUUUUAUGACAAGUAGACAAGGACUUGGUGUUGGAGGAGGAACGCCAUAUGGAUUUGACGUUGGCCAAUCUGAGAGGGGAUCAGUCCUUAAAGGGUUAGAUCUUGGUGUAAAAGGCAUGAAGGUUGGAGGCCAGAGACUGCUAAUAGUUCCUCCCGAGCUAGCGUAUGGAAGCAAAGGAGUCCAGGAAAUCCCUCCAAAUGCAACCAUAGAGUUGGAUGUUGAAUUACUGGCCAUAAAGCAAAGCCCAUUUGGGUCUCCUGUAAAAAUUGUUGAAGGUUAA